AUGACGGAGAUGGAUGGCAUCAUCCGUGAGCACGAGGUCUACUUCGCGACCCUGGCAGAGCAGGCAGAGCGCUACGACGAAAUGGCGGAGCACAUGCGAGCGGCCGCACUCUUCGAGCAGGAGCUGGACGCCGAGGAAAGGAAUCUCCUAGCAGUGGCCUUCAAGCAAGCGGUGGGUCAGCGCAGAGUUGCUUGGCGCAUCGUUUGUGCUGCCGAGCAGGAGGAGCAGGCCAAGGGCAAUCACAUGACCACAGCAAGUGCCCGGGGCUACCGGAAGAAGAUCGAAGCCGAGCUCACAAGCUUAUGCCAGACCAUUUUGGCGCUACUGACAGACAAGCUCAUCCCGGGUGCCACCACAGCGGAGGCCAAGGUGUCCUACUACAAGGCGCAGGGCGACUACUACAGGUACAUGGCUGAAAUAAGUGACGACAUGGAUCGGACGCGGGCCACGACGGCAGCAAAAGCUGCUUACGAGGACGGAACCAAGGUGGCUGAGACUUCACUGAAGGUGACCAGCCCCUUUCGCUUGGGCCUUGCGCUGAACCACGCAGUUUUUUACUACGAGGCGAUCGCUGUCUUGCAGAAGCCGGAAACCAGCAAGUUGCGGCAGUUCCCCGUGGAGAAGAGCUCCGGCUUCGGAGCCAUUUUCUCGGAGAGCACGGUAGCCGUGUCAAGCUUUGUAGUGCUUUCUUAUCGGUUUCAGCACGUUGCACGCGUUGGUGCUCUUCGCAGGGAGACGGUGCAGCUGGGGAACGCUGUCCGUGUCUUCGUCAAUCUGGAUGUGACAGCCCGUGCACCGUUCCUGUCCUUUAUCCGAAAGGUGGCCUCGGCGGCGCUGGUGGCCGUCUUCGCCGUGCGGCUACGCCGAGGAAGGCCCCACGAGGCGGCGUCGCCCAUCAAAACUGGAGGAGCAGCCCGCACGGUGCGCAACAAGUCAGUGGCGUGCGUGUCCAAUGUGGAUUUGCAGCGUGCAGGCGUGGCCCGCAGCCGGAUUUUCACCUUCGAGACAGAGACGACGUCGGAAGUCGCAGCAGACGCCCUGCUGACCCUGCUGUACAGCAAGCAUGCCGGCUCUAGGAACUACUUGAUCUCCGGGUCGACGUGGACGGCGCGGCAGCAGUGGUUCCGGGAGCUGCUGGAAGUCAUGAACGCGCCGACGGAGGCUGUCCGAAUCGGGCGCAAGGCUUUCGAGGAUGCAGUGCGUGAGAUUGACAACCUUGGCGAAGAUGGUGCCAAGGAAUCUGCUCUGGUGAUGCAGCUGCUCCGGGACAACAUCACACUCUG